AUGUUUAAAGCUCGUGAAUUUAGUAAGUUGUCUAAGUUUAAACAAAGAGAUAUCUUACGAGAGCUUAAGUCUUCCUUGGAUGACUUCAAAGUUGGCCAGGAAUACUAUUUAAGACCAAGUCCUCAACUUUAUCACCAUUUGCUCGUCAAGGCUGAACACGAUUUUAUAAAUCCUGGCUUUGAAUUUUUUAAAAGUCUACGGCGAAUCUUCGUUUGCAACAUUUUAUGGAAACCUAAAGAAAUUGAAAGUUUCUUUAUAGCUUUGGAACGCUGCGGAAAACACAAUCCAGCUGAAAUUUCACAACGCAUCGGCACGAAAAGUGUACCACAGGUUAUGAUGCUUAUUGAGCUUUUUGAACAUGAAUUAAAUUUGGCGAAGGCUUGCGAGGCGAUCUGCCCUGUAAAUUAUGCUGAUAUACCAUCUGCUAGGGAGAUGAGUAAUGAUUGGUUGAAGUUUGAGAAAAUACAGGCUGAAAUGAUUCAGGAUCAAAUGAAUAAAAUUGAAACGAAACUGACUUUUGGGAAAAAUAUGCAGCCAAUUUCUCAAUGGGAUGAAAAAAAGCUGGAAUUAUUUGAACUUGAAAAUAUAUUAAAAUUGAUCCGAAAGUACACUACCGAAGAUAUUCUUGUUAAUCGUGCAUCUAUUCUUAUGCUUUAUUAUAUACUACAAAAUUGGUUACAAGGUAUUGUUAAGAACCUUGUUGCAUUAAAAGAUCAUUACCAAAAAAUGUAUAUCCGAGAAAAACAUGAGGCAUCUUUACAAAUUUCUGGAUAUAAAUUCUCGAAGAUACACAAUCCGGACGAUACGGACGAAGAUGACGAUCUUACAAGUGAUGAUUUUACAGAUGAUAUAGAAGAAUUUCAAGAUACUAAGGACGUUGCAAAUAAUAAAAUGAUUGAUUAUGAUAAUAAUAUUGAACUUAAAGAACAAAAAUUAGAUGAAUUGUAUGAGAAAGCAUUUUUGCGACUUGUUUAUUCAACUGAUACUGAAUCCGCAAAAAUCUCAAAUGAAAUAGAAAAUUUGGAAGUCUUGCUAGACGCAGAUUUGAAGCGUUAUAAUGGGGUUUUUGAUGAAUUAUCUGAUGAACAGUAA